CGGCGCGGCUUUGACGUGAUUGGUCGCCGCGGCCCCGAUGCCUCGCGUUCUGAAUUUAAAAUAGUCGCGAUCGAGUUCAUUGUGAGAGACAAUGUUUUGUUCACCUCUGCAAGUUUUUGUUUAACAACUUUAUAUGAAACAAUUAAACCGGAGCAUGGUGAAUUGUCAUUGUGUUUUAUAAACAAGGGAAAAAAGUGAUAUUAAAUUUUGAAACGGAGAAGUAACUACAUGAAAAUUUCAAGAAAAAUGGAAAUAAAAUUGUCAUUGAUGUAUCAUCUAUUCAGAAAACUAUUUCUGUGCAAUAAUUUAAUGAAGUCAAACAAAUUGAGAACACAAUGAAAAUCAAACAUUACCCAGGAAAAGCGGUCAUGGAGGAUCCGUGGCUCUCUAUAACGGAUAGGACUAUGGACCUUGUUUAUGCCGCGAAUUGGGUUGGAGCAAGAAAUCUUACUUCUUAUAAUGAAAAUGAGAGCAACUCUAAUUCAUCGACUAAAUAUAAUACCAUAUCCAGAAGCAAGUCGUGUAGAGAUGUAGGCCGUAAUGACAGAGAAUAUGACAACAAAACAUUUGCCGCUGAAAACAAUGGUUAUAGAUAUUCACACAAUAGUCCCAACGGAAAUAUAUCUCAAUUAGCUAAAUAUCAACAAAACAUAGAAGAAAAGGCAAGAGCUAAUAACAAUCUUAUUACUCAAAAUAAAUUAAAACAUAGUUAUAGUUUUAAAGAUAUGCCUAAUGGUUAUAAACCAUCUACUUUAAGGCGUGUAAAAAGAAGAAAUUUCACUGAAUGGGAUAUUGAAGCAUUUGGUAGUAAACAGGCGCCCGUUCCACCUCAGAGGAAGGAUUCUCUUAAAUACGCGCAUCGGCAAAGGAAAGUAGAUUCAAAGAAAAAUCAUUAUCCAUUACCUGAUCCUGGUCCUGUGCCGGCAGAUCCAUCCUCGGAAUCGUACUAUGAAUAUUACUCGCGAGUCAGUCAACAAAAUAACGACACAGAUAGCGAUAAAAUAAAACAAUUACAAAGAGAUGUAAGAAAAGACAAGCUCACAAAUGAAAAUACUCAAAAUGGAAAUGCCAGUAGCUUUAGUAACGAUAAAAUGUAUCAAAUAAUUAAUUCAAUGGCGACAUUAGAUUUGACUCCAAUGAAAUCUAGAGCGGGGAAUCAAAGUUACAACGUAGAUUGUGAGGUUGAAGAUUUGGGUAUAUACAUGCGACCUAUUAACGGCUCGUUAUCUACAAGCGAACCACUUCCUAACCACAUAAUACAUCAGGUAAACGAACGAAACGGACGCAUGGAGGAUGCUAAACCUAGCUUCCGCUCUAAAUCUAUGAGAGUCAAGAGCGAAGGAAGAGCUCCGUUGCAGGCUUAUCUCGACGUCGUUCAGCCUGAUAACAGACACCAAAACGGAGUCACUGUCACUCAACCAAAGCGCAACUUGUCGCCGAGUGAACAGCUGACAAUGAUGCAGUACGAAUUAUACAACGGAAACCAACAUCCACCCGCUACUCCCAUUAGCAAUGGCUACAAUUCAUCAAUUCCGGGAAUAGAAAGUGACAAUAGGACUACAAACGGUAGUGUGACACAAGAUAAACGUGAAAAAUAUGGAAAAAUGUACAAUACUGUGAGAGUGAAAAGUGAUGAUAGAUACGAUAGGUAUAAUGACUUAUUAUCAUUUGGGAAAGUUGGUAAUGAGGAUCGUGCAAUUAAUGGAACUUGUGUUUUUAAUAGAAGUGCCAAAAGUUCAUCUAGUGGUUCAGACUCUGACUUUUCGAUACCGCGUCCCAAAUUGAUAGUGCCCGUUCAUACAUAUGGGAUGCGAAAACGAAGAACUGGAAAUCUUUGUCAACGGGACAGCAAUGCUACAGAAUCAUCUUUGGAUGCUGGAGUUCUUCUUGACGUCACUAAAUUGGAAGACGUAAGGGAUAAAGCUGUUGAGAAAGAAAUCCAAAAUGGGGAACCAGAGGGCCGAGUGGAAGUCUCGAGGGAGAACAAGUACCUCAGCACGAUGGCGCCAGGCAAGGUGUUCGGCGAGCUGGCCAUCCUCUACAACUGCAAGAGGACGGCCACGAUUAAGGCCGCCACCGACUGCCGCCUUUGGGCCAUCGAACGCCAAUGCUUCCAAACCAUCAUGAUGAGGACCGGUCUCAUCAGACAGGCGGAGUACACCGACUUCCUCAAGAGUGUCCCGAUCUUUAAAGACUUGCCAGAAGACACCCUCAUCAAGAUUUCUGAUGUUCUAGAAGAGACUCACUACCAGACGGGUGACUACAUCAUCAGGCAAGGCGCCCGAGGUGACACUUUCUUCAUCAUUUCUAAAGGAGAGGUAAAAGUAACACAGAAGCCGCCAAACAGUAAUGAUGAGAAAUUCAUAAGAACGCUCACGAAAGGAGAUUUCUUCGGCGAGAAAGCAUUGCAAGGAGAUGAUCUCCGAACAGCAAACAUCAUCUGUGAUUCCCCAGAAGGCUGCACGUGUCUCGUGAUUGACCGGGAGACCUUCAAUCAGCUGAUAUCUACCCUUGAUGAGAUCCGAACCAAGUACAAGGAUGAAGGCGAGAGUAGACAGAGAUUAAACGAAGAAUUUGCCAACCUCCGCCUCUCAGAUUUGCGCAUCAUAGCAACGCUUGGUAUCGGCGGCUUUGGCAGAGUGGAGCUGGUGCAAAUCCAGGGAGACUCCAGCAGAUCCUUCGCCCUGAAGCAAAUGAAGAAAGCCCAGAUCGUUGAGACCAGACAGCAACAGCACAUCAUGUCUGAGAAGGAAAUCAUGUCGGAGAUGAACUGCGAAUUCAUAGUGAAGUUGUUCAAGACAUUUAAAGAUAGGAAAUAUUUGUAUAUGCUGAUGGAAACUUGCCUUGGAGGAGAAUUAUGGACUAUUUUGAGAGAUAAAGGUCAAUUCGACGAUGCCACAACUAGGUUCUACACAGCGUGUGUUGUAGAGGCCUUCCAUUAUUUACAUUCUAGAAAUAUUAUUUACAGGGAUCUCAAACCAGAGAAUUUACUUUUGGACUCGAAAGGCUACGUAAAGCUUGUGGACUUCGGUUUCUCCAAGAAGCUGCAGGCCAGCCGCAAGACCUGGACGUUCUGCGGCACGCCGGAGUACGUCGCGCCGGAGGUCAUCAUGAACAGGGGUCAUGACAUCAGCGCCGACUAUUGGUCCUUAGGUGUACUCAUGUUCGAGCUGCUGACUGGCUCGCCGCCGUUCACGGGCGCGGACCCCAUGAAGAUCUACAACAAGAUCCUGAAGGGCAUCGACGCGGUGGAGUUCCCGCGGUCCAUCACGCGGAACGCCGCCAACCUCAUCAAGAAGCUGUGCCGCGAUAACCCGGCCGAGCGCCUCGGCUACCAGCGCGGCGGCAUCACAGAGAUACAGAAGCACAAAUGGUUCGACGGCUUCAACUGGGAGGGUCUGGCGCAGCGCACGCUGGAGCCGCCGAUCACGCCGACCGUGCGCUCGGCCGUGGACACCCACAACUUCGACCAGUACCCGCCCGACGCGGACGAACCCCCGCCGGACGACCUUUCCGGCUGGGACGCUACGUUCUAAAAUUAAAAAUAUUUCAAAUAUGGAACAUUUUUUGUUUUUUACGAUACGUUGUUUGGACACUUUGUUCUAAAUUGAAAUCUAAUGAUUUGAGUGGAACAUUUUUACGACCGGUCAUUCUGAAUGCUUCUUUUUAAUUUUCGAACAAUGUUUCAAUAUUACAGAUUCUGAUUCGAAUUCCCAUGUGCUCACACAUAACUCGUAUUUUGGAAUGCUUCGUUCUAAAUUUAAAUCAUUGAAUUAAACUAAAAUGGAACUAACUGCUCAUUCUAAACCACAGACCAUUUAGGCUAAAUGGUCUGUGUUCUAAACGCUUCCCUCUGACAUUAUCAAUUUUCGAACAAGAUUUGAGUUUGAUUCGUAUCAAUAAUAAGUUGAUGUGCAACUUGACGGUUGUGAUUCUCAUCUUUUCAAAUAAUAGAUAAGCUCUUCACUCCGAUUACUCUGAUUGGGUGUAGAGAUAUUACUUUCUUAUUUUCGAUAGUAGAUGUAUUAAAAACGUUUUUCUUACUUUACUUUCCGUUACAUUCUUUUUUUUUCUUGUUUGUGACAUUGCACGCAAAAUAAGUAAAUAAACUUUUUCAUAUUAUAAAUAGUACUAAAUUUUACCUCAAAAGUCGUAAGAGGAAUAGCGAAGCGAGACCGAACCGAAAGAAAAUCAUGUAUCCAACUGAUAGUGGCAAAGUCCGAAUAUUUUUUCUCACUCAAAACAUAUUUUUUAAAGUUUAUUUAACAAACAUCUGAAUUAUUAUAUUGAUGUAUGUUUUGGAUGUGUGGGUGAUUGUCAUAGUGAUAAGGUCGUAUUUUUAUGGCUAUAUUUAGUACACAUGCUUAUCUUGAUAUGAAAUAUUUCAAAUAUUUAUGUGACAUAUUUGCCAUAUGGUGAUUGCUGAUUUAAUAUCGUAGCAAAGGUACCGAGACCUAAAAUUGACAAUAGUAAGAAAUGAGUAUUUCCAAAAUAUUUUAUCUUUAAACAAUAUUAGUUCUGGGGACAUUUUCUAUGCAUUUACUGGUUACGAUUAAAACAUCUAAAAACAAAUUUUAAUGUCAAAUUUCGUAAAUUCAGUAUCUAGAUUAUUUUCAUACGAUGGCUUUUGAAAAAAUUGUAUAUUUUUUCGUUUUAUAAUUACAGCAGUAUGAAGUGUAACCUCGUGUGUGAGUGAGAAAGCAAUACAUCUGGACAUAUAUUUGAUUUUUAUAAAAUGUUAAGGUUACAAGAACUAUAGGUGUUAAAAAGUGCCUAAUAAAGUUAACUAUUCGAAUAUAAUGCUUGUAAUGGCAUUUUUAUGAAAGUAGUAUAUAAUAUAAUCGUGUAAUAUAAAUUGAUUUAGUAAUUAACAGAGCAGAUCUUAAUACCAUACAUACCUAUUUAUUUUAAUGGCUUGCCAACUAUGUAAUAAUUCAUGUUAUUGACAUAACUAUGAUGUUAAUUUAGUUUAGAUAAUUAAUAUAAGUGAUACAUCGGUGUUCAGUAGAGUUUAAAUCAAAAACAUAUUUUUUGGAGAUUUAAUAUUUUAUACCAUUUAUCGUAAAUCAUAUUGAUGUUUUUACCAUUUUUGUAUUUACUCACAUAUUACGCUACGGAAUUUUCAGUAUUCGACCAAAUUCAAACAAGACGUACGAAAGGAUUAUCAAACAUAUGCCUAGAGCAAAUAAUUAAGAAAAUAUGAAAAAAUAACACUAAUUUGAAAUGAAAAAAAAGUUCCAAUAAUAGUAUUUAAAAUGAGUAAAAUAUUCAUCAUCAUCAUCAUUGAAUUUUUUUUUCUCAUUUUCUUUAUUACGUGCUCUGGGGAGUAAACUGAAUCGAUAUUACCAACAUGUAACAUAAAUACCUAUAUUCUAUUACUCAGUAAACAUUUAAUUUCCAUAACAAUUAGCAUAUUCAUGAAAAAAAUAAAAUUUGAUUAGAUUUAUAAAGGGAACAAAUGCAAUGUCUAAUUAAAAUAAUGUUAUUUUUAAGAUGUACGCAAACCAUGGUAUUUCGUUAGUCCUUUACGGCCCAUUUUAAACUGUAGCUAUUUAUUUAGAAUGGUAAUCAAUAUCCACGUUACCAAUAUAAUUUAGCUAACACUCCUAAAUCACCUUCAUAUCAACGAAUCUUAUUAAAAUCUUGUAAAUGAAUCAGUUUUUACAUAGGUAGGCAUAAUCAAACUCGUGCUAUUCGUGUCAAAGACAAAGAAAACUGAAGACGACGGGCUACCGUAACCAGAUGAGAUAGAAGAUUUUCAUAAAACGUAAAAAGCAGAAGAUUGGGUCUUGUAAAAUCAAUACGGUGACAGACAAAAUACUGUCCCGUUUCUUUUCGUGAUUUUUAAUACGCAUUUCUUUUUCUUGUAUGAGUGAAGAGUAUGACGAAGUCUAUAUUUUUCUCUGUCUAUGAUUCAUGAUAUAAAAAUAUAUUUAAAAACAAAUUCAUUGGAAAUCUUGUAAAAAUCUAUAACAAAUUAAUUUUAGUCUGUCAUGUGCUAAAUUUCGAGUGGUUCUAUAUGGUAGCUAUUUUCAACAUGACAUAAUUUAAGAGUCAAAUUGAAUAAGAUUUCGCUAUAAUUAUUUGUAAAUAUCUAGAGAAUUAUUUUUUGAGUAACUUAAUUUUUAAAUUUGUAUGAAUUUUAUUUGUAUUGAAGGCAAAAAUGUGUAAAGGAGUGAAUGCAAUAUAAAUAUUAUGUUUAGCUGUUAAAUAGGGACAGUUAUUUUUGUAACCAUAGUUUUAUGAAAUGAAUAUUUUAUUAAUUGUGAAAAAUGUAAAAAUACAUUAUUUUUCAAUAGCAUA